AGAAUCACAAUUCCCAAUUCACAAUUCACUACUCCUCUUAACUCAUCGUUCAAUCUCUGAAAGCCACAAAUGAACGACCUAAUCUCGGGUUCCUUCUCGCGCUUCCGCGGCGAGCAGGCCUCGCCGGAGCACCACCAGCACGUGGUGGAGAUGUCGGGCAUCGGGCGGCGCGGCGGGGAGGUGAACCUGGACAAGUUCUUCGAGGACGUGGAGGGCGUGAAGGAGGAGCUGAAGGAGCUGGAGGAGCUGGCGCGGAGCCUCAAGAGCGGCCACGAGCAGAGCAAGACGCUGCACAACGCCAAGGCCGUCAAGGACCUCCGCUCGCGCAUGGACGCCGACGUUGCGCUCGCCCUCAAGAAGGCCAAGCUCAUCAAGCUCAAGCUCGAGGCCCUCGACCGCUCCAACGCCGCCAACCGCAACUUGCCUGGCUGCGGACCCGGUUCCUCCUCCGACCGGACCCGCACCUCCGUCGUCAACGGCUUGAAGAAGAAGCUCAAGGACUCCAUGGAGUCCUUCAACGAGAUUCGCCACCUUGUGUCGUCCGAGUACCGGGAGACCGUGCAACGACGCUACUUCACCGUCACCGGCGAGAAUCCUGAUGACAACACCCUCGAUCGCUUGAUCUCCACUGGUGAGAGUGAGACCUUCCUUCAGAAGGCCAUUCAAGAGCAAGGCAGGGGUAGAAUUCUGGACACCAUCAAUGAGAUUCAAGAGAGGCAUGAUGCUGUCAAAGAUUUGGAGAAGAGUCUCAAGGAGUUGCACCAGGUGUUCCUUGACAUGACAGUGUUGGUGCAACAUCAAGGUGAGCAAUUGGAUGAUAUUGAGAGCCAUGUGGCAAGAGCUCAUUCGUUUGUGCGCACUGGAGCUGAGCAGUUGCAGACUGCACGGAAGCACCAGAAAAACACCAGGAAAUGGACCUGUUAUUGUAUCAUACUUCUUCUGGUGAUCAUCUUGCUUGUGGUGCUCUUCACUGUGAGGCCGUGGAAACAUAGCAGUAGUGGCGGCAGUGAUGGUAGUCAACCUGCACCAGCUCAAACACCACCUCCACCCCCUGUUAAUGCUUAACCUUUGGGGUUAGGAGUCUAUAUAAUUCACAAAGCAUGCUGGUUUCUAUUAUAUUUAUUUGAAGAUUGAGCUUUUUUAUUUUGGGAUCUAGCAAGGGUGAGAGAAACAUGGAUUGGCUUAUGAUUUGAAAGGGAAUCUGGUGGGGCGUACAACAGUAUUAUUUCAAUCCAUGGAAAGGUUGGAUGAUUAAUCUGACUGUAGAAUCUGGGAAGGAAAUGGUUGAUGGUUCCAUUGAGGUAGAUUUUUGGAGAUUGUUAUUUUGAGCUUCAUAUUCUUUUUCUGUAAGUAGCUUAUCUGUUUGAACAUUGUUUACUGAUGUUUUA